AUGGCGAUCUCGAUUUCCUUCCUUAAAGCAUUUAUCAAGCGAUAUCAAGCAGCAACAGAAACGGAAACAACAACAACAACAACAACUACGGCAACGAGAUUCUGCAAAGCCCCCCCAACCAUUAAACGCUCGGUGGCUAAAAAACUUGGGCAACACUCUCCGCAGCAUCCCGGCGUCAUCAUGGACCCCGAGCUAGGGUUCCCUCUGCCCCGUACCCCUCUUCGCGGUUUCCCGGAUGAUCUGAUUGUUUUACGUUCGCAUGAGAUUUACCUGCACGGCGCAGCGACAGCGGUGGCGGUGGCGGUGGCGGCGGCAGUGGUGGAACGGGUGGAGGCUGGAUCCUGGAUGGUGGACCAAUCGGAUGGCGACAAUUUUAUCCCAGUUCGUAGAUGGAUACGUGAACAUUAUACGAAACUAACAAAUAGUUAUAAAGCAAAAUGCAACUACUGUAAUGAAGAAUAUAGGAUAGGAAGAUCUUUAGCAAAGUUACAUAAACAUUUGGUGAAGAAACAUUCAGAAAAAUUAAAUGAAGAACAGAAGAAAGAAGAUAAAUUCCAUUGGACUUGGGAUUAUUUUAUCCCAAAAAGCGAUACAGAGGCAAUAUGCAAUAAAUGUAACAGAACACUUAAGUAUCAUACAGUAAGUGUUCUCAGAAGUCACUUAAAACGUCUUCACAAGAUAUUGGGUUCAAAUUCCGAUUGUGCAGAUAACGAGAGCAAUUCAGAUAACGACAUGGCUGCAAAUAAGGAUAUAACUUCAAAAACAGACAAUUUUAUCCCAGUUCGUCGAUGGAUACGUGAACAUUAUACGAAACUAUCAAAUAGUUAUAAAGUAAAAUGCACCUACUGUAAUAAAGAAUAUAGUUUACGAACAAGAUCUUUAGCAAAUUUACAUAAACAUUUGGUGAAGAAACAUUCAGAAAAAUUAAAUGAAGAACAGAAGAAAGAAGAUAAAUUCCAUUGGACUUGGGAUUAUUUUAUCCCAAAAAGCGAUACAGAGUUAAUUUCUUUGUUUACCUGA